AUGUCUGCUGAGCAAGAUAAAACUGCUGCUGCCACCGCCCCUGCAGAAGCCCCUGCAGCUCCUGCCGUCGUUGAGCCUACCGCAGAGACAACCGCAGAGGUCCGCGACGAGAAGCCUGCUCAAGCUGGUGCCUCUGCUCCUGAGACCUCUCUAGCUAAACUUGAUGGCCGUCUCAAUGACAUCUGCAGCAAAGCACAGCACAAGGAGAUGUGGGGAGUGCAACUGUCUAGCAUCAACCACAUCCCUACAAUGGUGGUUCUCCAAAAGUUCCUUCGAGCUAACAACGAUGACCCCGUUGCUGCUGAGAAGCAGCUCACCCAGGCUCUCGAGUGGCGCAAGAAGAUGAACCCUACCGCGUUGGUCACUCAGACCUUUGACAAGAGCAAGUUCGACGAUCUGGGCUUUGUCACUGCGCACAAUGGAGAGAACAACAAGGAGACCAUCAUCACGUGGAAUAUCUACGGCGCCGUCAAGGACAAAAAGGCCACCUUUGGCAAUGUUGAGGAAUUCAUCAAGUGGCGCGCCGCCAUCAUGGAGAUAAGUGUUCAGAAGCUCAAGCUGGGUCAGGUCACUGAGCCCAUUCCUGAAGGAGGCGAGGACCCUUAUCAAAUGAUCCAGGUUCACGACUACCUCAAUGUUAGCUUUUUCCGCGUGGAUCCUGCUGUCAAGGCUGCCAGCAAAGAGACAAUUUCCGUCUUCUCCAUGGCCUACCCAGAGCUACUUUCUCACAAGUACUUUGUCAAUGUUCCUGCCAUCAUGGGAUGGAUGUUUGGCGCCAUGAAGCUCUUCCUUGCCCCUGCUACCCUUCGCAAAUUCCACCCCAUGACUUCUGGCACCACACUGUCCACGGAGCUGAAGAACAUUGCUUCUUCUUUACCUAAGGAAUACGGCGGCCUUGGACCCAGUGUCAAGGAAGGUCAAACUGUUUUGUUGGCUGAGACCGGCAAGACUGACGCAACUUCUUCCAAGUCUGCUGUGACCGAGACCACUCCCAUUCCUGUUGCCGAUGACGCUGGCCCUGCUGCUGAAAAUCCUCCCGCCAUUACCGAACCAACUUCCGCUGCCCAUGACUCUGGCUCUGUUGUUGAGAAUGCCCCUAUCACCACUGAAUCGGCUCCCUCUGCUCAGAACGCCAUCAUUGCCGAGCCUGCAGUCGCUCCUGAGCCAGCUACUGCUGCGCCAGCCCCUAGUGAUGUGGAGGUAGUUCCUGCCCCAAUUCCUGCUCCUGUUGAGGCAGCCAAGGAGGAGACUACUGAGAAAGCCGUUGAGCAAGCCGGCGAGAAGCCUAUCGAGGAGGCUCUUGAGAAGCUGACUGUUGGUCCAGCUGAUCUGGAUGAGAAGAAGGAGGCGCCUGCUGCCACCGUCGAAGUGGAGAAGAAGGAGAACACUGCUUAA